GACCGGCGGAAGUUGCUUCCGAGCGCGUUGAGCUUUGGCGAAGUGGGUUCCGGUAGUGGCAGAGGUGCUUGUGUUUUUGUCGGUACAGGAGAGUCGCUAUGGCGGCGGUGGAUUCGGAUGUCGAAUCGCUGCCGCGUGGGGGGUUCCGCUGCUGCCUCUGCCACGUUACUACAGCCAACCGACCCAGCCUUGAUGCCCACUUGGGAGGCAGAAAGCACCGGCACCUGGUAGAACUACGAGCUGCGAGAAAGGCCCAGGGACUUCGAAGUGUGUUUGUCAGUGGCUUUCCCAGGGAUGUGGACUCUGCUCAGCUCUCUGAGUACUUCCAAGCGUUUGGACCUGUGGCCAGUGUUGUCAUGGACAAGGACAAGGGAGUGUUUGCCAUUGUGGAGAUGGGGGACGUGGGUGCUCGAGAGGCUGUCUUGUCACAGUCCCAGCACAGGCUGGGAGGACAUCGCCUGCGUGUCCGCCCACGGGAGCAGAAGGAGUUCCAGAGCCCGGCCUCCAAAUCCCCCAAAGGAGCGGCCCCCGACAGUCACCAGCUGGCCAGAGCACUAGCUGAGGCCGCAGACGUGGGGGCACAAAUGAUAAAGCUUGUGGGGCUGAGGGAGUUGUCCGAGGCUGAGCGGCAGCUUCGGAGCCUGGUGGUGGCCCUGAUGCAGGAGGUCUUCACAGAGUUCUUCCCUGGCUGUGUGGUCCACCCUUUUGGCUCUUCCAUAAAUAGCUUCGAUGUCCAUGGCUGUGAUCUUGACCUCUUCUUGGAUCUGGGUGACUUGGAAGAGCCCCAGCCAGUCCCAAAGGCUCCGGAAUCUCCAUCGCUGGACUCGGCCCUGGCUUCCCCACUGGACCCUCAAGCCCUCGCCUGCACCCCAGCCUCCCCUCCAGAUUCACAACCUCCAGCUUCUCCCCAGGAUUCUGAAGCCCUGGACUUUGAAACCCCUUCCUCCUCCCUGGCGCCCCAAACUCCAGACUCUGCCUUGGCCUCCGAGACCCUUGCUUCUCCCCAGUCUCUGCCUCCAGCCUCACCACUGCUAGAGGACAGGGAAGAGGGGGACCUGGGGAAGGCCCCGGAACUAGCAGAGACCCCAAAGCAGGAGAAAGCAGAGGGGGCAGCAAUGCUGGAGCUGGUGGGAUCCAUUCUCCGGGGCUGUGUCCCUGGGGUGUAUCGAGUCCAAACUGUGCCCUCUGCCCGGCGCCCUGUGGUCAAGUUCUGUCAUCGGCCUUCAGGUCUCCACGGUGACGUCUCCCUCAGUAACCGGUACCUUUCUUUUUUUCAAGACGACAUUUCGCUCGUUGCCCAGUCUGGAGUGCAAUGGCGCCAUCUUGGCUCUCCGCAACCUCCGCCUCCCAGGCUGGCCCUGCAUAACUCCCGUUUCCUGAGUCUCUGCUCUGAGCUGGAUGGUCGAGUCCGGCCCCUCGUGUACACCCUCCGCUGCUGGGCUCAGGGUCGGGGGCUGUCAGGGAGUGGCCCCCUUCUCAGUAACUACGCCCUGACCUUGCUGGUGAUCUAUUUUCUUCAGACCAGGGACCCUCCUGUGUUGCCCACUGUGUCUGAGCUCACCCAGAAAGCAGGAGAGGGGGAACAGGUGGAAGUCGACGGCUGGGACUGCAGUUUCCCCAGGGAUGCCUCAAGACUGGAGCCCAGCACAAAUGUGGAGCCCCUCAGUUCCCUGCUAGCCCAGUUCUUCUCCUGUGUAUCUUGCUGGGAUCUUCGUGGCUCCCUGCUCUCCCUGCGGGAGGGUCAGGCACUGCCUGUGGCAGGGGGCCUGCCUUCUAAUCUCUGGGAGGGUCUGCGCCUUGGCCCCCUGAAUCUCCAGGACCCUUUUGACCUGAGUCACAAUGUCGCAGCCAAUGUGACCAGCCGGGUGGCUGGGCGCCUACAGAAUUGCUGCCGAGCAGCAGCCAAUUACUGCCGAAGCCUCCAGUACCAGCGCCGUUCCUCCCGCGGUCGGGACUGGGGGCUGCUCCCCCUUCUGCAGCCCAGCUCCCCCAGCUCCCUGCUCUCUGCUACGCCGAUCCCUUUACCCCCUGCACCGUUCACCCAGCUCACUGCUGCCCUGGUGCAGGUAUUCAGGGAAGCACUGGGGUGCCAUAUAGAACAGGGAACCAAGAGACCGCGGUCAGAAGGAGGUGGAACUGGGGAGUCCUCUCAGGGAGGGACAAGCAAAAGACUCAAAGUAGAUGGACAGAAAAACUGCUGUGAGGAGGGGAAAGAGGAGCAGCAGGGAUGUGCAGGGGACGGUGGGGAAGACAGGGUAGAAGAGAUGGUUAUAGAAGUUGGAGAGAUGGUGCAGGACUGGGCCAUGCAGAGCCCUGGGCAGCCAGGGGACCUGCCCCUGACCACUGGGAAGCAUGGAGCCCCUGGAGAAGAGAGGCAGCCCAGCCAUGCAGCCCUGGCAGAGCGGGGGCCCAAGGGACAUGAGGCAGCCCAAGGAGGGUCUCAGGGUGAGGCAGGGAAGGGGGCAUCCCUGCCCUCAGUGAGCUGGCGCUGUGCCUUGUGGCACCGAGUGUGGCAAGGGCGGCGGCGAGCCCGUAGACGCUUGCAGCAGCAAACCAAGGAAGGAGCUGGAGGUGGCGUUGGCACAAGAGCAGGGUGGCUGGCGACUGAGGCUCAGGUCACCCAGGAGCUGAGAGGACUGAGUGGUGGCGAAGAGAGGCCAGAAACUGAGCCCCUGCUGAGCUUUGUGGCGUCUGUCUCCCCGGCUGACCGAAUGCUCACUGUGACCCCGCUCCAGGAUCCCCAAGGCCUGUUCCCUGAUCUCCAUCAUUUCCUACAGGUUUUCCUCCCUCAAGCACUUCGACAUCUCAAGUGAAGACAUGGCCCCUAAAGGGCAAUAAAGCUGCUAGUUUAUUAA